UCCGGGUAGCGCAGGUUUAUAACAUUCGUUCCUUAACAAAUUGUUGGUACGGAGUUCACGUAUUGACACCUGUUACAGAAGCAGGGAGUGAACCCAGAACAAGUUAGUAACAAAACAAAAUGGGGAGUUUUACAAAAGCCCUAGUGGUGAGUUUAUUUGUUGGUUUCCUUGCUGUCAAGUGGACUUCACCCUCUUUUAACGCAGAGUCUCUCAGAGGAGCCAGGGUGUUAGUGACUGGAGCCAGCACAGGGAUUGGUGAACAGCUGGCUUAUCAUUAUGCUAAAUCCGGAGCACAGAUAGUUAUAACAGCCAGAAGAGAAGCGAUGUUACAGCAGGUUGUAGAGAAAUGCAUGGAUUUGGGGGCCCAGAAAGCACUGUACAUAACAGCAGACAUGGGGAAUGUCUUAGACCCAGAGAGAGUGGUAGAUUUUGCUCUGGAAAAGCUGGGAGGAUUGGAUUACCUGGUUGUCAAUCACAUCGGUCCGAGCCCCUUUACCAUGUGGGAGGGGGAUGUAGAGCAUAUCAGGUGGCUGAUGCAGGUCAAUUUCUAUAGCCACGUACAGAUGGCAUGGAGAGCAUUUGAUUCCUUGGAGCAAAGUAAAGGAUCUCUGAUCGUUGUUUCGUCGCUUUUAGGUAAACAGUCCAGUCCCUUUGUUGCACCAUACAGCUCGACCAAACACACCUUGAACGGUUUCUUUGGAUCCUUGUAUCACGAGUUAUCCAUUAAGAAAAGUAACAUUUCCAUCACCAUAUGCACACUUGGACUCAUUGAUACAGAGGCAGCUAUGGAAAAAGUUCGGAACAUCGCUAUGCUACCAGCAUACCCAGCCACAGACGCAGCCUUGAACAUCAUCACUGCAGGAGCCACCAGACAGCCAGAGCUUUACUACCCAUGGUUCACCUACAUUGUGACUGUAACCAAAGACUGGACCCCUUCUAUAACAAACUUUAUCCUUCAAUAUGUCUUCACGCAGCGCUCGUGAAAUGCCUACAAAGGAGCUAAAUGCAAAACCUUUUGCGCCUGUUCUGUUUCUAGGUGAAAAGUAAUUUUAUUUUUUGAUAUUGACUCCCCUGUUGAGCUUAAUCAACAAGUUGAUAGAUGAUCAUCAAUGACAGUCAACUGCAAAAGAUGUUUAAGACAUUACAACAGAUUUCCGUGUGUUAGAAAAUCAAAAACAGGAGUUAAAAUCAUUGUUUCUCCUCAUGUAUCAUGUAUAAUUUAGGUUUGUUUUGUACAUAACAUUUUUCAAAGUUUAUAGGAAGCAUCUAGAACCUAAAAUAUUAUCUCAACAUUUAGAAUGUUCACCACGCCCCCCCAGGUGGGCCCGCCCCACUAUUUGAGAAGUACUGCCUUACAGAUUGAAACAGAGUCGCCCAGUCGAGUCCCAUCCAAGGCAGAUUUCCUCUGGAAAGACUCUGUAAAGACGACUGUAUAGUACUCUGAUGGUAGGCCAUAAAAAUAAACACAGGGAAGAGAGGUCA